AAAUCAAACCUUUGAGAAGCAUUUGCUGGUUGAAGUGCUUUCUGUCUAGUGAGGGGGUCUGUGGAUUUCUAGUUUAUGAUAAAUAGGACUUUAAAAACCAGGGACAGGAGGGCGAGCGUUCAGGUUCUAGAGCUAUGCAGCUGGAGCAUUGCCUUUCUCCUUCUAUCAUGCUCUCCAAGAAAUUUCUCAAUGUGAGCAGCAGCUACCCACAUUCAGGCGGAUCUGAGCUUGUCUUGCACGAUCAUCCCAUUAUCUCGACCACUGACAACCUGGAGAGAAGUUCACCUUUGAAAAAAAUUACCAGGGGGAUGACGAAUCAGUCAGAUACAGACAAUUUUCCUGACUCCAAGGACUCACCAGGGGACGUCCAGAGAAGUAAACUCUCUCCUGUCUUGGACGGGGUCUCUGAGCUUCGUCACAGUUUCGAUGGCUCUGCUGCAGAUCGCUACCUCCUCUCUCAGUCCAGCCAGCCACAGUCUGCGGCCACUGCUCCCAGUGCCAUGUUCCCGUACCCCAGCCAGCACGGACCGGCGCACCCCGCCUUCUCCAUCGGCAGCCCCAGCCGCUACAUGGCCCACCAUCCGGUCAUCACCAACGGAGCCUACAACAGCCUCCUGUCCAACUCCUCACCGCAGGGCUACCCCGCGGCCGGCUACCCCUACCCACAGCAAUACGGCCACUCCUACCAAGGAGCUCCGUUCUACCAAUUCUCCUCCACCCAGCCGGGGCUGGUGCCCGGCAAAGCGCAGGUGUACCUGUGCAACAGGCCCCUUUGGCUGAAAUUUCACCGGCACCAAACGGAGAUGAUCAUCACCAAACAGGGAAGGCGCAUGUUUCCUUUUUUAAGUUUUAACAUUUCUGGUCUCGAUCCCACGGCUCAUUACAAUAUUUUUGUGGAUGUGAUUUUGGCGGAUCCCAAUCACUGGAGGUUUCAAGGAGGCAAAUGGGUUCCUUGCGGCAAAGCGGACACCAAUGUGCAAGGAAAUCGGGUCUAUAUGCAUCCGGAUUCCCCCAACACUGGGGCGCACUGGAUGCGCCAAGAGAUCUCUUUUGGAAAAUUAAAACUUACGAACAACAAAGGAGCUUCGAAUAACAAUGGGCAGAUGGUGGUUUUACAGUCCUUGCACAAGUACCAGCCCCGCCUGCAUGUCGUGGAAGUGAACGAGGAUGGCACGGAGGACACCAGCCAGCCCGGCCGAGUGCAGACAUUCACUUUCCCCGAGACUCAGUUCAUCGCUGUCACCGCCUACCAGAACACGGAUAUCACACAACUGAAAAUAGAUCACAACCCCUUUGCAAAAGGAUUUCGGGAUAAUUAUGACACGAUCUACACGGGCUGCGACAUGGACCGCCUGACCCCUUCGCCCAACGACUCUCCACGCUCUCAGAUUGUACCCGGCGCCCGCUACGCCAUGGCCGGCUCUUUCCUGCAGGACCAGUUCGUGAGCAACUAUGCCAAGGCCCGCUUCCACCCGGGUGCAGGCGCGGGCCCCGGGCCGGGCACGGACCGCAGCGUGCCCUACCUGGGCGAGGAGGCCGAGGGCCUGGCCGCUGAGCGCUCUCCGCUGCCGCCCGGCGCCGCAGAGGACGCCAAGCCCAAGGACCUGUCCGACUCCAGCUGGAUCGAGACGCCCUCGUCCAUCAAAUCCAUCGACUCGAGCGACUCGGGGAUUUACGAGCAGGCCAAGCGGAGGCGGAUCUCCCCCGCGGACACGCCGGUGUCCGAGAGCUCGUCCCCGCUCAAGAGCGAGGUGCUGGCCCAGCGGGACUGCGAGAAGACCUGCGCCAAGGACAUUGGCGGCUACUACGGCUUCUACUCACACAGCUAGGCCGCCCCUGCCCUGCAGCCCCGGGCCGCUCGCGCCAACCAC